AUGAAGCUUAAAAUCGUUACUCUUGGUAUUGUGACUGUCAUGUAUCUGCUUUUUCUUCUGACCACCUACCCCUAUGAUGGAGACAGUAGAGAUGUUUAUGGAACUGGUGAACAAGAAUGGAUGAUGAAGAAUCAUCUGAUGUUGCCGUCUCCCAAUGGUGCUGAUCUGAACGAGAAGAAUUUUGUAACUACAAAGAAAGGAGGGUUUCAGUCCAAAAAGGAAUAUCUUUUCUUACAAUCUUUGCAGACAUGGCGAUCUAAUUCUGAGCCAGGAUCCAACCCCGAGCACAAUGCAGUUGGUCCCGCUGGUGAGAAGAACUUUGCAGGAUUGGAGUUGAAAAAGAAACGUGUUUUACUACUUUCCCUUCAAAAGCAGGGACCUGUUACUUCUCCCGGACCGAACCGAAAGCACAAUUCAAUUAAGCCUCCACCACCCAAUCCAAGCCAUAAACACCGCGUCAACACAUUCCCUGAAAAGAACUUUGCAAGUUCUGAGUUGAGAAACCAACAUGUUUUACUACCUUCCCUUCAAAAGGGGGGACCCGUUACUUCUCCAGGAUCCAACCCAGGAUACAAUUUACCACCCAGUCCAAGUCAUAAGCCAGUCAGCACAUUCAGUGAAAAGAAUUUUGCAAGUUCUGAGUUGAGAAGCCAACAUGUUUUACUACCUUCCCUUCAAAAGGGGGGGCCUGCUACUUCUCCCGAACCAAACCGAAGGCACAAUUCAAUUAAGCCUCCACCACCCAAUCCAAGCCAUAAACACCCCGUCAGCACAUUCACUGAAAAGAACUUUGCAAGUUCUGAGUUGAGAAGCCAACAUGUUUUACUACCUUCCCUUCAAAAGGGGGGACCUGUUACUUCUCCCAGACCAAACCGAGGGCACAAUUCAAUUAAGCCUCCACCACCCAAUCCAAGCCAUAAACACCCCGUCAGCACAUUCACUGAAAAGAACUUUGCAAGUUCUGAGUUGAGAAACCAACAUGUUUUACUACCUUCCCUUCAAAAGGGGGGACCUGUUACUUCUCCAGGAUCCAAUCCAGGACACAAUUUACCACCCAGUCCAAGUCAUAAGCCAGUCAGCACAUUCAGUGAAAAAAACUUUCCAAGUUCUGAGUUGAGAAGCCAACAUGUUUUACUACCUUCCCUUCAAAAGGGGGGACCUGUUACUUCUCCCGGACCAAACCGAGGGCACGAUUCAAUUAAGCCUCUACCACCCAAUCCAAGCCAUAACCACCCAGUCAGCACAUUCAGUGAAAAGAACUUUGCAAGUUUUGAGUUGAGAAACCAACAUGUUUUACUACCUUCCCUUCAGAAGGGGGGACCUGUUCCUUCUCCAGGACACAAUUUACCACCCAGUCCAAGUCAUAAGCCUGUCAGCACAUUCAGUGAAAAGAACUUUGCAAGUUCUGAGUUGAGAAGCCAACAUGUUUUACUUCCUUCCCUUCAAAAGGGGGGAUCUGUUACUUCUCCCAGACCAAACCGAGGGCACAAUUCAAUUAACCCUCCACCACCCAAUCCAAGCCAUAACCACCCAGUCAGCACAUUCAGUGAAAAGAAUUUUGCAAGUUCUGAGUUGAGAAACCAACAUGUUUUACUACCUUCCCUUCUAAAGGUGGGACCUGUUACUCCUCCAGGACCCAAUCCAGGAAACAAUUCAGCACCCAGUCCAAGUCAUAACCCAGUCAGCACAUUCAGUGAAAAGAACUUUGCAAGUUUCGGGUUGAGAAGCCAACAUGUUUUACUACCUUCCCUUCAAAAGGGUCCUGCUACUUCUCCAGGACCUAACCCUGGACACCAUUCAAUUAGUUCAAUUGAUCAUAAGAACUUUGCAGGUUUGAAAAUGAGAAAGAACCAUAUUUCUCUUCCAUCUAUGAAACUGCGGCCAAUUACUCCUCCAUGA